AUGAGUAUAACGGCUAGUCAGGUUGGUGAAUUUACUUGGAUAAACCCUGUCGCUAAGGUGGAUGAGGAUCUAAAAGAGUUCAUUGAGGGCAUCGCUAAGAUUGUGGAUAUCAUGGGUGUUAGUCCAGUGGAGAAGGCACAGUUAGCAGAUUAUCAAUUUAAGUUAGGCAUCUCAAAGAAAGGUGGGGUGUUGGCCAGUAUUGAGGUUAGGUCCACCCUCAUUGAAGAGAUCAAAGCCAAGCAGUUUGAAGAUGAGAGUUUGAAUGAACUAAGAAAGAAGACAGUGUUUGGAAAGGCACCAGAUAUGGCUCUUGAUAUAGGUGGUGUGCUCAGUUUUAGGGGAAUGAUUUGUGUUCUCCGAGUAGAUGACUUGAUUCACAAAAAAGAUAUAGCUGAGUUUGUGGCUAAGUGUCAGAAUUGUCAGCAAGUGAAGUAUGAGCAUCAAAGGCCUGCAGGCAUUGAUUUGGCACCAUUUAAAAAUCUCUAUGGGAGGGGAUGUAGAUCUCUCAUAGGGUGGUUUAAGGUUGGAGAUGUGAAGCCUUUGGGGGUUGACUUGGUAAAGGAUAAUCAGGAUAAGACUGGUGAGCAAGUUUUUCUGAAAGUGUCACCCAUUAAGGGAGUGAUGAGAUUUGACAAGAAGGACAAGCUUAGUCCUCGAUACAUUGACCCAUUUGAGAUUCUUGACUAUGUAGGGCUAGUGACUUAUAGGUUGUCUUUACCUCCUAACCAAUCUGGAGUCCUUCUAGUGUUCCAUGUGUCCAUUCUAAAUAAGUAUCAUGGGGAUGGAGAUUAUAUCAUAAAGUGGAAUUUAGUUUUGUUAGACAAUAACCUUCAGUAUGAGGAGGAACCUGUUGCAAUCCUUGAUCGUGAUGCUUACAAGAUGAGGACAAAAGAGAUUAAGUCGAUGAGGGUACAAUGGAAGCAUCUUUGGGUGGAGGAAGCUACUUGGAAAACUGAGAAGAACAUGCGAGAUAAGUAUCCUUAG